AGCUCUUGUUGUUUACCCAGGAGCAGCACAGCACAUGCGCGACUCUGCGAGCUCUGUGUGCCUGAAGUUUACUCUCUUCUUGAGCUCUUCCCGAGCUUUUACACGAGUGUAGCCAGACAAAGGGAGCUGAUGUGAGUUUUGUGUGUGUGUGUCCCUGAUGAAAAUGUGGAUGAGGUCAGAGCGAUCUGGGAAGUAGAGAGACUUGUGUUUGGAGAGAGAGAUAUGCAUUUGUUGCACACUUGAUCUGACCACACAACAAAAGCAGAGGUGCUCGGCAGCUGUUUACCUGUGUGUGAACACAACGUGGACACACACACACACACACACACACACACACACGGACAGACGGAGGCAUGUGCUCCGUUACCGUAGCCGUAUGGGGUUUAUGAAGAAAUAACGGCUUCACGGACAGCUGCUGUAGGCCUCUCCGCUAAACUCAGCCUCACCGGACACGGUCCCUCAUCCACCAGGAGAAAUGGGUCUAAUUUUCUCCAAACUAUGGAGUUUCUUCUGUAAUCAAGAACACAAGGUGAUAAUUGUGGGGCUGGACAACGCUGGGAAAACCACUAUACUUUAUCAGUUUUUAAUGAAUGAGGUGGUGCACACAUCUCCUACAAUUGGCAGCAAUGUGGAGGAAAUAGUGGUGAAGAAAAGCCACUUUCUGAUGUGGGACAUUGGUGGUCAGGAGAGUCUCCGCUCCUCUUGGAACACAUACUACUCCAACACUGAGUUCAUCAUACUGGUAGUGGACAGUACUGACAGAGAGAGACUAGCUAUUUCUAAAGAAGAGCUCUACAGGAUGCUAGCACAUGAGGAUCUGCGCAAAGCUGCAGUGUUGAUCUUUGCUAAUAAGCAGGACAUGAAGGGCUGUAUGUCUGCAGCAGAGAUUUCCAAAUACCUGACCCUCAGCUCCAUCAAGGAUCAUCCCUGGCACAUCCAGUCUUGCUGUGCGCUCACUGGAGAAGGGCUGUGUCAAGGUUUAGAGUGGAUGACCUCAAGUGCCGGGCUCAGAUAGCCUCUGAUCUUCUUGUUGGACUGAUUGACAGCCAUUCUCACCUCCUCUGGUGGCAUUGCCAGCUCAUCCCAUUGGCUGCUCAUGUUUUAUUUUUAAUCUCUUAAACAGAAUUGCCGCUCUGCAGCUGAACUCUCUGGACACCUACCUCAGCUGGGAUUUAUCAGUUACAUGAAGUUACAGUUACAUGAAGUAUUUCAGCUUAAAGAGAGGCUCUACAGUGCUGUGUGUUUGUGAGGAGGGUCAACUCCUACUCUGACAGUGGAACAGAAGUUCUCCAGAUAAAUAUAUUAAGAUAAUCAUGUGUUAUACUUUAAAUCUACUGGGAAGAAAUUAUUUGUAUGGUCACAAUGUUACUUUUUCACAUGGGGAAUCAUCGUUUCGUUAAGCUUUUUGGAUAUCAAAUGUUUAAAGUGCCAAUGAUACCCAGCAACACCACCACAUAUCAUGAAAACACUUGAGCAUAUCACUUCGUACACAUUACCUCAAUCUUUACUUACAGUAGAGGGUGCUGUUACCAUUUUAGACAUGGCCAUUACGGCUUGAAUGUCAUUGAUGUGAGAUGCAAUUUUAAGAAGGGGGUGGGGAAGGGAAAUGGCACACUUUAAAAACACAGCAGUUGGCUGGAUUUAUUGUAAUGUUUGUUACAAGUGUAUUAAGUAACCAUUCUCCUUGCUGGAGUGUGGUUAUGGCAUAAAGGUCCUUUGGUUUUUAUGAGGAAAUAAUGUUCAAAAGUAACACAGUAUUAUGAUUUUUUUUUUUAUCAUCUUUUCAUCCCAAUCCUCUUGGUGCAAAUAUUCUCUUCAUAUAAUCUUCACAGGUCAACCAGCCAUAAUAGCUGUGUCUGUUGAUAUAGAAGUGAUUUCCAUUUUAUUUAUAUCUCUUCCUUUUUUCAGGUUAUAUGAAACAAAAUGAACACAUGAGCACAAGUUCUUAUUUGUUUGCUUGGUGAUUUUGCCAAUAUGCUCAUUGGUUCUAGAUGAAACUAGAACUCUCUGUGUCCUGUGCUCAGUUAAGGGAAACUCUUACAAGACUUAAAUGCAGUGACUACAAAUUGGUGCUCUCACUGCUAUUUCCCUCCCAACAUUGAAAUCUAGUUGCAUAACUCUUAUUGGCUACUGAAUUAGGCAGAUCCAUCCUAUAGACCAGUCUCGCUCUGUUUUGCAAGGGUUUUAUUGCAGUGGCUUUUUGACGUCUUGGAGACUUCGGCUUUGGUCAGACUUCUGUCAAAUCUAUUCUUUACCCGAUCACAGUCUAAAGCAGUGUGUUUUUAGUCUGUGUUAAUUUGCAUCUUUACAAACCUGAUAUGAGUUUAUAUUGUAUCAUACCAUGUUGAACGGGGGUCCUUUGGAUAAAACAAUACCCAAAUCUGGCUUACCUUUUAGAAUGGGAGUGACAUGUUAUGCCAGUGGUUCAGAGGAGUCUAAUAUUCAGUUUCAUUGCUGAAGAUCAUGGUCAAACCAUUUGGUUGUCUCUCAGAUUUGCCAUUUCUGAAGGAGCAGGUGAAAUCUGUAGCAACUUUCCUAAUUCUUAUAGUUUUAUAAUAAAAGCUUCUAUUGUAAAAUCUGAA